AUGGCGACGUCCAUGGUGCUAAGCUUGGAUAAUUUACCUUCCGAUCCCUUAUUGUUGAUUUUGUCAUUUCUGGACUUUAGAGAUUUGAUCAGUUGCAGUUUUGUCAGUCGGCGACUCAGUGAGCUCACUGGUCACAACCCGUUAUGGAAGGGGCUUUGUCUGAAGCAUUGGCUUUUAACAGAGUCAGAUAAGACAGAUAAGUCACAGAGCUGGAAAGAUCUGUUCAGGGACUACUAUGCCGAUCUUGGCCGCUACAUUGACCAUUACAGUACCCUGAAGAGGGCAUGGGACGACCUGAAGGCUUACCUGAACCAGAAAUGCCCUAGAAUGAUCGCCUCACUGAAAGAGGGAGCGAAGGAGGAGGAGUUAGACACCAUAGAAGCUCAGAUUGGCUGUAAACUUCCGGAUGACUACCGCUGCUCAUACAGAAUACACAAUGGACAGAAACUGGUGGUGCCUGGGCUGAUGGGCAGCAUGGCCUUGUCCAAUCACUAUCGCUCUGAGGAUCUGCUGGACGUGGAGACGGCGGCGGGUGGGUUCCAGCAGAGGAAGGGCAUUCGUCAGUGUCUUCCCCUGACCUUUUGCUUCCACACGGGCCUGAGCCAGUACAUGGCCCUGGAGGCCACGGAGGGUCGCAGCCGCAGCGAGAUCUUCUACCACUGCCCGGAUCAAAUGGCGCAAGAUCCAUCAGCAAUUGACAUGUUUAUAACAGGGUCCAGCUUUACGGAGUGGUUCACCUCAUACGUGCACAACGUGGUGUCAGGGGAGUACCCGAUUAUCCGGGACCAGAUUUUCAGGUACGUUCAUGAUAAGCAGUGUGUGGCCACCACGGGAGACAUCACUGUCUCAGUGUCUACCUCAUUCCUGCCCGAGCUCAGCUCUGUUCAUCCUCCUCACUUCUUCUUCACCUACAGAAUCAGGAUUGAGAUGGCUAAGGAUGCUCCUCCAGAGAAUGCAUGCCAGCUGGACAGUCGAUACUGGAAGAUCACCAACGCCAACGGCAACGUAGAGGAAGUCCGAGGCCCGGGCGUUGUCGGGGAAUUUCCCGUGAUGACUCCAGGAAAAGUUCACGAGUACGCUAGCUGCACCACCUUCUCCACCACCUCAGAGUACAUGGAGGGCCACUACACCUUCCACCGCCUGAAGAACAAAGAGGAGGUGUUUGACGUGUGUAUUCCUCGCUUCCACAUGGUCUGCCCCCCAUUUCGGGAGUCCAUGGUGCGUUCGAACUCGGCAGGCGACGUGUCCGUCUCGACCUUCAACGACGACAACUCCUCGGACACGGACGACUACGACGACGGCGAACUCAGAGGCCUGAACAUGGCCGACCCGGGCGGACGCUGCCCUCGCCACAUCUGAUGCACUUUUCCAGUUCCCGGGAUUCCUAGGCCACUGGCCAGAACAGGGCUUCAAAGCUAAGUUGCUCUGUCAGACAGGAAGCCUUGUCAUGGGUGGGGCAGGGGCAGAUAGGGGGCAGGGGAGGGGAGGGGAGGGGGGGGUGCUGGCCCUCUCGAGUACCUUCCUCUUUUUAUUUUUACAAAAGGAGCGCAUGAGCAAAGCGGCCGUCUGCUCUUGAUUUGGCUUUGGCCCAACAAAAGCCCAGUAACAAUAGUCUGAUUUUCCCCUGCUCAGACUGGAGGGAGAUCGUUUUACACAGUAAUGCCCUAACCAUCGCUGUAGUUUGUGUAGGCAAGCAAAGACCCACCCCAUGAGUGACACGCUGAGACAUGUGGAACACGCGCACACACAUACACACAUACA